UUGAAUGGAAGGUUUACAGCGGGAAGUACUCUGCAUGUGAUCUCACCGUUCUCGUGCGCUUUUCAGUGUGAAACGCUUGUCACUCCUAACCGGAAUAGUACGACGGUCAGUCGAAGCAUGCCGAGACGUAAACAAGAUCGACCGAAGAAGAUGGAAUGUGAAGAUGGAGAUGCCGGAAAGUUUGAGAUGGCAGAUGGUGAAAGUCUUUCUUCUGAUUGCGAUGUAGUUGAAGAGCAGAAUAUUAACCAUGAACUAGCUGAACGGACAGAUCUAGACCACCAGAAUCAUUUUAAUGAUGCCACUCUUCCUCUGGUACACCCUGAUGAACUUAACACUAAUGAAGCCAAAAGUGGUACUUACUCGUCCAGAGAAACGAGAUUGUAUUCUGCCCAAUCAUUAACAAACAGUCACCAGUCCAAGAUUUAUCCCAUUGUUAAUUGCAACAACUUCGCAAUUGAAACAAUGAUGGAUGACGGACCAAUCGACUUUAGUUUUCGGAAUCAAAACCAGUGUUUCCCUAUGGCUUCAAGUUUAUCACCUGGGUCCCCUAUCAACGGAUUCCCCCCUGAGUCACAAAACGAACCUCUUGAUCUCUCCACACCAAACAGAAGGAAGAAUACAGCAAAAUAUCCAAGGGAAUCAAAAUUGACUCGUGUAGACAAUCUCUUUCACGUAUCACCUCAAAGAGAAUGUUUAAACAGAUUAACCUGGAAUGGAAAAUUAAUGUCUUUCGAGAGUUCUAAGAUAUCCGAAGUUAGUUCUGCUACAUCAUACAACGUUUCACACAAGUCUGUUGAAUCGUUAAAAAGUCAAGUACUUAAUACAAGUCUUAUAACUUCCAACAUGGCCACUGCUUUCGAAAAGAUGAAUGAAUUGUGUCACACAGUCACCAAACCACAGGGAUAUCGGACAGGAAGCCGGAAAAAUCCAUGGCAGAACCAGUGGAUCAACAAAAGUGAAGAACAAGCGAAAGAUGUUUUUACUUGUGUUUGGUGUAAACAAUCUUUUAAAAGUCUAGGUGAAAUGACUAUUCAUAUACAGAAGAGUCCGAAGUGUGGGAUGACAGGCAUACAGACAUCUGCACCAUCAACUUCGUCAAACACUAGUAUCUCCUCAGAAGACCCAUCUUCAGUUCCAAAAUGCUCAUCUUCUAAUAACGGCAGUAGUCUUUUGAUGAAAGAAAGUAUGGCACUACCUCGCAAGCUAGUUAGAGGUCAAGAUGUUUGGUUAGGGAAAGGUGCUGAGCAAACUCGUCAAAUCCUGAAAUGCAUGUGGUGUGGACAGUCGUUCAAGACUCUGGCAGAUAUGACCAAUCAUAUGCGAGUCACUCAACACUAUAAUAAUAUUAUUAGUCAAGAGCAGAUUAUAUCUUGGAAAGUCCCAGCUGAUAAAAUGACGUCACAGUCGCAGAUAAAUGCCGUCUUGACUUGUAAGGUUUGUAACCAAGUGUUUGGUAGUCUCAAGGAACUCAGUUAUCACAUGAUGAAAAACGCUCAUUACAAGGAACAUAUUUUACGUACCAUUACGGAAAGUGGAGGAAGACGUAGACAGACUAGAGAAAGGAGGAAAAAAUCUUUGCCUGUUAAAAAGCUUCUUGAAUUAGAAAGAAUGGAGAUGAACAACUUAAAUUUACCUAAGGAACGAAAUGAACGACCUGUGUCAAACAGCGAGAAAGUUAGUGGCAAGAUUACGUGUGAAGAAUGCGCCGAGAAAGUAGAUGCCAAAGACUUUGUAAUACAUAUAAAAAACUGCACUCAAAAUUCUAAAUCGUAUGAUCUUUUGAAAACUUAUUUCAUUGCAGAGAGCGCUGUCGAUCAAGUGAAAAAAGAUUCCGAAUCUGGAACUCCUGAGAAAAUUGAAUCUGAUGAAGAGGUAACUAAAUCAAGCAGGCCUCGUGUAACAAAAACCCCAAUCUUCAAAAGCUCUGAAAAAGACACUAUUCGAGAAAAAGAACAAAAAUAUCCUUCAGCUGGUGGAACGAAUAAAGGAAACGAAUCAACUUCUGUGUUGAACGCCAUUGAAAAACUGAUCGAAAAGAGUUUUCAAAACAGAAGCAAAAUGACCAGUAAUGGUUCCACUGGCAUUCUACAAAGAUUAGGGAUCGACGAGGAAGUUUACCCUCCAUGGCAUUCCUCUGGUAAAGGGGCAAUUGAUUCGUCCAGUAAAUCUCGAAUGUCAUCAGUAACAACUCCUCCUUUAGGACUUCCAGGCAAGAAGAUAGUAGAUAUUAAAAACGGCACAUUCAGAUCACGAGAUGCUGCUGACGCGUUCAAUAACAAAUUUCCGAAAGGAAAUUCUUCAAUAAAUAAAGAAAAAAUAAUUUUUGAUACCAAAUCGGACGUUUCGGGCCUUUCUUCGUUACCAUACAAAAAACAACCAUCUCCACAAUCAGUGAAAUCAGAAACUUAUUUUAAUUCGAGUACAACAAUUGUAUCCAAGACAGGACAAACGCUUUCUCAAGAAACAUUUAAUGAAGCUGUGGAAGAGGAUAGUGGUUAUUUUCCUUCAAAAAGACAAGUUGAAAAAAGUCCAGUGCGGUCUGUGCGAUCAAAAAGUCCAGCAUUUGAUCAUGGCGAAGAUUCUUUAGACGCCUACUCCGAGGUUGAUGAAUCGAAUGGUGAAUCUAGUGCUUAUGAAAUGGUUGAAGAAUUGUGUGAUGUCAGUCGCUCGCUGAGUCAAACAAAUAUUUUCAAACAUCUAGAAGACGCUGCGUCUCCUGGUGAUUCUCUACAAAAUAAAGGUAAAUCAAGUCCAUCAUCAUUAAGUAAUUCUUCCAAACUGUCUGCAACAGAUCUGAAUCAUGAACUAGACAAAAAUCAUAUAGAUUACGAUAAACCGUUUACAGGCCAUCCUCUUCGAGAACUUCAAAAAUUAUUGGACAAAACGGAUGUCAGUGUUUCAAGUUCUGCUGUCCAGACUCCGCCAGGAUCUAUUUUGUCAUUCAGUUGGGCAUGUAACGAACCUACAACAUCAGAUUCUCUGAUGAAGUGUGCCUUUUGUGACACUAAUUUUGUUUCUAAGGGUGCGUAUAGGCAUCAUAUGAGUAAAAUGCAUUUUGCGAAAGACACAAGUUCACCUGAUGCUUUUGUUUGGAAAGCCACUCCACCUUCUGGUGACAAAGCAUUUAAUGAAAACAAUUUAGUCACAAAAGAAUCUCCGCCAUUUUCAGAAACAUCAGAUGAAAGUCCUCAUUCUAAGUUUUUAAAGUACACCGAACUAGCGAAAGAGCUAUCCAAGAAAUAUGUGUAAUGUGAUUUAAGACUUAUCCUCUUUUCUGUACAUAAAACUGUUUAAAAGAUAUCUAAAUUAUGCGAAUACGUAAUGUGAAAUCUAUGAAUUUUUUUUUCCAGUUCCUUAAAACUGUUGAUAAGACGGUGUUUCAUUGUAUUCUCC